AUGCUGGAGGAGAAGACAACGUACCACCGUAGCGUGCUUCACAACUGCCGCGAGGCGCUGAGGGUUGCCGGGGUGCUCCGCCUGGCAAUUCAGAAAUCCCAACAGACCAUGGAGGAGAUUCAGACGAUGACUGCCAAUGUUCCUCCGGAUACUUCUAUUCACGUUGGCGGAGAUGAUUCCUCGCGUACCAGAUAUUGCAAUUUGCUCGAAGAGGCAAAGUCUUCUCAUGAACGUGUAGCUCCAGCACUAGAAAAAGGUGCGCGCAAUUUGAAGGCAAUGGAUGAACGCAUCCGUAUAAUCAAUGAUGAUAUAGACGGGGAGAUAUCAAUCCUGGCGACCUUGGAAGCAUCUAAAACGAUGGUUCACUCAUCUAUUGAACAGCGAGCGCAUGCCAUCUCUCUCAAAAGACGCAUUAUUAGCGUCCGACUCAUCAUUCCCGAGGAGAUAUGGGCUAAAAUCUUCGAAAUUUCAGUGGCGGAUGAGGAGAUGACGUUCAUAGAGGGUUCAAGGCACAAAUUACCACCAUUUAAAGCGCUCAAACUCUCGACUGUGUGCAAGAGUUGGCGGAACAUUGUCACUUCUCGAUCAAACCUCUGGCGCUACCUCGCUAUUCCGCACCGGCAUCAACUCUCUCCGCUACAAUGUGCUCGUUUGGCGCACUGUAUCACUCUCUGCCGACCAUAUAUGCCAAUUAUGUACACAUAUAGCACUGAGCCGGGCUCUCUAGAGGGGUCCGUCACGCUAUUUUCGUACCUUUCUCAAAGGAUCUCAUGUUAUGAAGCCAUUUAUACUUUCGGUGACUUCUUUUCGUUGGACGAGGAGCUUGACUUUGCGCCACGAGCGGGAACACUUUGUAUUACACCAAGAUACCAGACCAAAAUGGGUCCACACCCAGAUGACGAGGAGUAUAUGAUAUUUCUCUCUUCCUUGGCAUAUAUAGAUCGACUGGAGCUUAGGAGCACGAUUGUCGAAUUGAUGUCUUCAUUCGAUGGACCAGAGGAGCUACCAAACCUCCAAACCCUGAUCGUCUCCAAUAUUGUCUUAUACUCAGAGGAACUCGUCGAUUGGAUUUCAAUGAUGCCAGGGCUUACAUGUAUGAAACUUCCAGGUGUAGCAAUCGGUAUGAACCUGGAAUCGACCACAGAAGAGGCUACAACCUCUCUUGAGUGUUUGACCUGCAGUAUCAGUCAAUAUACAGCAAUCUCUAAAUGGAUUAUUGCGCCACAUCUAGCGAGGCUAACGCUACUACUCCAGGAUGAACCUGACCCUGAUCUAUUCCGCUUCGAUGACGAUAUCCUGGCCCAAUAUACAGAUUCGACAAAUGAAUCGAUCUCAUAUCUUACCCUCUCUAUACCGCUAGAUGCAGAGGAGGAUAUUGAUGCCAACUGGUUUGUGAGGGAUCCGUUAACGAGCGAAGAAGGAGAGGACGGAGAGGAAGAGCCGCAUUACACGUCUAUCUUGAGACACUUCCAAGCCGUGUCAUGCUUGCAGUUUGAUGGAAGAGUUCUCCUAAGCGUCCUUGCUACGCUCUCCACGGACAAAGCUUCGCUACCAAACCUUCACAGCCUUACUAUAUCAAACAGCGAUGUUCAGGAGUCAACCCUGUCAACUUUUCUAUCUGGAUACCACGCCUUACGACAGAGAUCCCUCUCCGUUUCCCUAGUCAAUUGUACCAACCUCGAUGCCGACGCCGUAAAGAGGCUCGAGGGGAUGUUUUCUACUCUUUAG